GGUUUGUGUAGCGGCUAUGGGCGCUGUCUUACGACAAAGCCAAGGAAUCUCGCUGCUGAGGGUUCUGUGCUUUAUUAUGAAGAAUAAUGGACGAUGAUGAUGCAAAGCUCAAAGCAGAAAUAGAAGCUGAAUUGGAUAAACUCAGCAUUUCCUCCUUGGAAAAAGAAGACAUUGAGAGUGAUGCAAAAUCAGAAACCCAGAGUGAUGAUAGUGAUACAGAUUCAGUUGAAUUACCAGAAUCAGUUCUUCACUAUAUUAACAUCAUAAAGAACAGGAGUAAAGCUGUUGAAGAGCUCAUUCUUCAGGACCUGGAAGAUACUGAUAUUUUAAGCUGUAGUUAUGGAGCAGUUUCUAAUAAUCAUAUGCAUUUAAGAACAGGACUAUCAACUGAAUAUGAAGAAAGUUCAGAGCAAUUAAUUAAGAUAUUAUCUGAAAUAGAAAAAGAAGAAUUUAUGAGAAGUAAAACCGAUUGUGCCAGUCCUGAUUUUGUUCCUGAGCCUAGUCCUCGUGACUUGCCUAUGGAUGAACAUGUUUUACCAGAUGAUGCUGAUAUAAAUUUUGGAUACUGUGAAGUGGAAGAAAAAUGUAGACAGUCUUUUGAGGCUUGGCAAGAGAAACAGAAGGAAUUAGAAGAUAAAGAGAAACAAACUCUCAAAGCUCAGAGGGAUAGAGAAGAAAAACAAUUUCAAGAAGAAGAAGAAAAGCGACAUUGCUGGAUGAAACAAUUUAAAGUUGAAAAGAAGAAAUUAGAGAAUAUUCAGAAGCAAGAACAGGACAAGAUGAAUGAUGAACUCUAUAAAGAAGAGAAAAUUUGGAAAGAGAAAUUUAAACAGCAUGAGGAGUAUAUUAGAAACUUGCAUUUACAAAUGGAAGAAGAAAGAACAAGAUUUAAAGACCAACAAGAAAAAGAAAAAAAUUGUUUGUUAAAACAGCAGAAUAAUGCAGCUGUUAAAAUUCAAGCUAAAUAUAAAGCAUUUGUAGCCUAUCAAAAAUAUGGCCCAAUUAUUAAAGAGCAAAUUGAAAGUAAGAAAAGGAAAGCACAAGAGUGGAAGGAAAAGGAAGCAAAAAUACGACAAAAGGAGGAAGAAAAUCGAAAAAGAUCAGAGGAGGAACAAAGGAUAAAAGAAGAGAGAAAAAAGCAAAAGGAAGAGGAAAGGAAAAGGAGAGAAAAAGAAUAUGAAGAAAAAAAGAAUAUUGUGAAACAGGAAAGAGAGCAACUAAUAAGCAAGGAAAAAAUAAUAUUAAGAGAAGAUGCAAGCCAACAGCUAAUAAUAAGUAGUGCAUUAAAGAAGAGAGGAUAUAAUAACAAACAUUUAAGUCUUGAAGAUAUUUCAAAUGAUAAGGGUGAUAUAGCCAAAAAUCUAGUGGAUGAAAAUUCAAAGAAGCAGGAAGAUGUUCUCCUUUGGCUAGUUGAGGAAUCAAAUAUGGAAGAAAAUGUAGAUAGACAGACUAUAUUAAAAGAAUCAAUACAAGUAAAGUUAAAAGAAUCUAUAUCAAGCCAAACAAUUCUGGCAGAUUUUAAAAUGGAAGAAAAUAAUGAAAACCUAGCAAAAAAACGAUGUUCAGAAGAAUUGGUCAAGCAAGAAAGAAAAUAUGAAAAUACAGAUAACAAAACUGAAUUGGGAAACUCUGAUCUAAAAGGAAAUCUGAAAGAACAGUUUCCAUUGCAAGAAUUAAAGUCUGAUGCACAAAAAGAAGAAAAAAUCAUGAAACAUGUCAUAAAUGAGAAUACAGGACAAAAAACCCAGAUAAUAUUAGGACAUAACCAAGAAAUCAAUGAGGUGAAAACCAAUGAAGAGCAGAAAAUAAUCAAAGAUAAUCAGCAGAAAAAGAUACAAAAAGUAGAAAAAGAAGAGAUACAAGAACAGAAUGGAUUAUUAUAUAAAGAUAAGGAUACUUCAGUUAUUUCAGUGAAACAAAAAUCACUCUCAGUAACAUCAGAAAAUUCCAAAGAUGUAGGAGAAAACGUAAUAUUACAAGAAAAAGAAAUUUAUUCAAAAUCCAAAGAAAUUGAGGAGAACCCAAAAGACAAUGCUUGGAAUAGUGGCAUUGUGAUUUUUAACACAACUGAUACCGUGAUAAAUAUAGAAGGCAAAAGAAAUGACCAAGAUUAUGUGUUAGGUAGACAUGCUCCUUGUGAGGGCUUGAGUAACUAUAAUGCAGAAAGCUCCAUGGUAUCUAAAGAAGUCAACUCUCUUAAAUCUGAGAUUAGAAAUAUUUCAGAAAAAUGCCAUGAAAAUGCACCUGUACCUGAUAGCAUGACCUGCUGUGUAUCAGAGUCAACCCUUCUAUAUUCUAUUGAAGAAAGGAGACUAGCCUGGAUAAAAUCAUUUAAACCUUGGCUUGAAAUUUUCAAGCAAAAUCAACAAAAGAAAAUUGUUAGAAGAAAGAGGCCUGUGAAAUGCCCAGCCAACAUGACACCUGCUUUGGAUAAACUGGAAAUUCUUCAAUGUGGCCCUUGGGAUACUUUACAGCAGGUUACAACAGUUACAUUUCAAGAUUUGCCAGGCUGUGUUCUGUCUACACUGGCAGAGUGUACAAAUCUUCAGUUUCUAUCCCUUCGACGCUGUGGAUUAACUUCUUUGCACAGCCUGAGUAAUUGUAAAAAACUUAAGUACAUUGAUGCACAGGAAAACCAUAUUGAGGCUAUUGAGUGUGAAAAUUUGGAAAAUCUCUGUGUUGUUCUUCUUAAUAAAAAUCAACUGACUUCUCUUCAUGGUUUGGAUGGCUGUACUAAUAUUCAAUGUCUUGAACUUUCACAUAAUAAAAUUACUCGAAUUGGUGGUUUAGAAUCUUUGAAAAAUCUUCAACAACUAAUUUUGGACCACAAUCAGUUAAUUAAUACAAAAGGUCUUUGUGAUACACCUACCAUUGUAUACCUAGAUUGCUCCCAUAAUCAUCUUACUGAUGUAGAGGGCAUUGAAAAUUGUGGAUUGCUCCAAAUAUUGAAGUUACAGGGAAAUUAUCUGAGUGAGCUUCCAUCCUUGGAGAAUCUUGUUUUACUAAGAGAAUUGCACUUGGAUGAUAACAGCAUUUCAACUGUGGAAGCAUUUUCUUCAUACUGGCUGCCUUUACUACAAAAUAUUACUAUCUCUCAAAACAGCUUGACUAAAAUCGUACCACUUUUUCAUUUUGUUUCAUUGGAAAAGCUAGAUGUCAGCCACAAUUGUCUUUCUGAUCUUAAAAGUGCCAUAAAAUGGUUUGAGGCAUGCUAUUCUCUCCGUGAAUUGUCUCUCACUGGAAACCCACUUCUUCAAGAAACAAACUGGAGGGAUUCUCUACUUAAAGUGUUGCCUGCUCUGAGAAUCCUUAAUGGCAAUAUACUAAACUCUAAUUCAGAAAGCCGCUCUGAAGAACACAAUCAACUGGGAUCAGCAGGUUUCCUGGCGCUUUGUCAGUCUCAGAUUCGAGAAUUCAACUUGCUAAUUGAAAAUUAUAUAACUGGAAAAGGAGAUGUAUUUACCUUGGAUACUGCAGAAAAUCUCUGUCAUUAUUUUAAGAAAUUGAUGAUACUUAGUACUGAAUACCGACAUGCACACGAACGAGGGGAUGUAAGUAUCACCAAGAAAGAUGAAACAGAAGCCCAGAAAAAUCAUUUGGCCCCUACAAACAGUGACAGCACUCUGCAAAAUGGAGUCUUCUACUCUUGUGCACAUGAAGGUAAUCCAGACUCACCAGAUAUUCCUGAGAAAUGGAUGGACUCUGUCUCCAGCCACUCCCCAUUAAGCAAAUCCUCCACAUGUGAAAAUAUGGAAGGAAGACAUCAGGAAAUAUUAGUGUGUCAGAAGAGAGAAGACAGCAAGGCAAGCAGUAUUCCCACCAUAAGAAUCCCAUUUGAGGAAGUAGUAAUGACAAAUUCUUUGCUGAGGAAUCACCAAAAUAUUGAGCCUAGUGAAAAAAUUAUGGCAGCUGUGGUAAUCCAGUCAUACUGGCGUGGUUACCUCAUGCGCAGACAGAUUCAUUUCUCCACAAGGCUACAUACUGCUGCAACAGAAGGCCUGCCAAAUUCUUCCAUCAAGAAUCAGACUAUUUUAAAGAAAGGAAAAAGAGAAAAUAUUGUGAAUAUCCGAAAACAGAGGGAGAAGGCUGCUAUUCUUAUUCAGGCAGUUUGGAAGGGCUUUAUUUUGCGAAAGAAACUGACAACAGCUCUAGAGGCUAUUAAGAAUGAAGAAUCCGAUGAAGAAUACAGAGAAAUAGAUUUAGAGGAUUUUAUAUUUGAUGAAGCUGCCUUAGAAGAAGAAUGGCUAGCAUUAGAUUCCACCCGCUUCCCUUCACAAACACUGCUUCUUUCAAACCAGCUGCAUUGGCCAAAGAUUCCUGGAAACUUAAAAUGGGAUGAUACUUCACUUAAUUUACCAAGUAAUCCAGCUCAAGCAUGGUUAUGUAAUGACAAAGAAAAUUUGUCUUCUUCAGAACACACACAAUUUAAUAGCAGAUCAGAAAAUAAAACUUCUUCCUGGACACCUGAAUCAAAGACCAAUAGAAAGAGUUUGCUAAAAUCUGAAAAAGAAAAAAAAAUUUCAGAAGAAUGGGGCUUUAAGGAUAUUUCUACUGCUCAGCAAAUGUUGAAGAGGGCACAGAAAAUGAAAUCGAAGAAACUAAAGAAAAAAAUAGAUUCCACUGUGCGUCUAGCCUUAUUCAAAAACAAUGAAAAUAAAGUGUCUAUUCCAAAAUCACCAAAGAUGGUACAGCCCAGAAGAGAUGGUUACUUUGAAGGUAUAGAAGAAGACCCUAUCCACAAAGAUACCACUGCAAAUGAAAAAUUAGAACGGAAUAGAGAAUAUACAUACCAAUGGCUUCACACACAGGUUGGAGUUCAUGAAACGACUAGUUCCAGAAAUAUGAAAUGCAAUCACUUUUUGCCUGAGUUAGAUCCAGAUGUACUUAAUGGUGGAAGAGUUCAGCUUGUGGCAAGACUUGUAAGCAGAGAAGACACGGAUUUAGACCUUUUUUCCACGAGCAAUGGAAGUGCUUUGUCUGUGAACAGAGAAAAAGAAAAUCAGGCACACAGACACUCAGCAGGAUCUUCAAGUUGUUCAGUUAAGGGAAUACCAAUAUCGCCAAUAGUAACAAAUACAAGACCUUCUAAAAAAGAACGUAUAUCAUUCCGAGACAAUCCUGUACAACUCAGUGGUGGAUGGGGAAGUGGCAAAAAGAAGGCGAACAUUUCCAACUAAUCCUUAAGGCUUCAGCAUUCAAAACGUGGCAAACUGUUUCAUGAAGUCUGGAUAUCUAGUCAUGUUACCAAUUGGAUACAAGGUUUUAGAGUCCUAUAUUUAAUUUGGUUUAUUAUACGUAUUUCACAAGUUUGUUUUCUAGUGGAGCUAUCUUAUUUCUCAUCUGUAAAAUGUAGUUUUGCAUUUCUUCCUGUGUUCAUGUGGAAUGGCCUCCAGAAAAUUCUUGAGAUAUUGUAAUGGAACUUGCAUAUCCAGUUUUUUUGUUUUAAUUUUUAUGACACAUGUAUUCAAGAUAACUUUUGUUACCAAUAAUAAAUAUUAAUGCUAUACACAUAAAAGAGAAUGUAACUGUCUUACUGAUGCUGUUUAAUGUAGCAAUAAUGAUUAAUAUAUUAAUAAACUUUAUUCUAUUAGAUUAUUGUAAUUGAGUAUUUCAAAGAUAAAUUAAUACAUGGAAUAACUGAAAAUAAACAGUGACAAAGGCCUUUUUUAAUUUUAAAUUAUCUUAAAUAGAUUAGAGAGUAAUGAUAAAAUGUAUAGUCAGUUUAAAUUAAAAUAGAAAUUUAAGUAAUUACCAAUUGGAUAGUUGAAUAUUUUAUCUGUAAUGUCAGAUGUUUAUUACCCUUAUUUAUAGAGGUAGAUGCUAAUUUUGGUUCAUUAACAUUAUUAUACUAAUUCAAGAAAUACUUGAUCAUUUUAAUUUUUCAUUAAGGUACCUUAAAAUUGUCAUUUAAAAGUACUUUUUCAAAGUUCAACUUACCAUUUUGUAAUAUUAACCUAUUUUCUAAAAUUACAGACCCAUUUUAUUAAAGUCUUACUGUUGUGUGAUUAAUGUUCUACCAUAUCUUAGUAAAUUUACAAAAUGCUGUGUUUACACUUAGUUCUCAUUGAACUGUUACUCUCCCGAGUCUGGAACUUUUUUCAUAAAGCUAAAUUCAUGGUAUUUCAGUUACUUUCCAUAGCUGUGUUGCUCAAUAAUAGCAUCCAGUGAACUUUACUGUUUUUUUGUUUUUCCUGUAUUUUAUUAAAAUAUUUCAUCUAAAGAUGACUGAAGUGAUGUAGAGAUACUUGUAUUAAUUUGUAUCCCCCAUCUACUUUUGGAUCCCUAUUGCAUUGCAAACCUAUAAAUCUCUUUUAACUUGAUUGAGAUAGAAACGUUAAUGAGACUUGAGCUGUCAAUCAGUAAAGAAGAUGUAGGUUCAUAUGUGGUGUCCUAGAAUUUCCACUCCAUGUAUAGUUGGAACUACAUCAAGAUCAGCUUUAAUCUAUAAUUUCCUUAUUCUGUAACCUGUGUAAUUGUUUCAUGAUAUUAACUUUGAGGAUGAUGAAUGGUGCUGAUUCUCCUAAAUUUGUAGGUAAUGAUUGAUAUAUAUGUCAAUAAAAUACUUUCCUAAUU